UCGCUCUUUGUUUUUUAACGCGGGAGUUGCGUUUCGCAUUUGUUGUUUUGUGAUGCGGCGUGCGCACCACUCUUCGGUCGAAGGCACCACUACGCAGUGUCAACUGUCAAGCGACAAGUGUUGGAAGCAACAGUACUGCGUCAUCUGCAGCAGCUCUGUACACUGUGACUUGUGGUCCAGGAAGUGCCGACGACACACGUUUAGAGCCUAAGAUGUCUCUAAUAAAUUUGAAUCCACAGCUGUCAGAAAUCCGGCGUGUGGGCAUUCGUGAUUUGCCAGAUGAGAUUUUAUUAAAGAUCUUUUCUCACAUGUCAGUCAGUGAGCUCGUAGGCACUGUACAGAAAGUGUGCGCUCGCUGGAAAGUCCUGUCACAAGCUGGACAGUUGUGGACUGAUAAUGUAUAUAGAAUCGGGACCUGGUGUCAUGUAGGCACAUGUAUCGGGAAUAUUGGAAAUCCAGACCAGGAGGCGAUAGAGAUUUUCCGCAGUGCUCCAAACUUGAGGAAGGUACAUAUUUGGCGUCCCAUCACAUACAGUGUUCUCUGUACGCUCUACACCAGUUGCCACAGACUCACUGAGCUGCACUUGGAUGGCAAGCAAACACUCAGCAGCUCGGAGCUGAAGAACUUAGUUGAGCAGUGCCCCAGAAUAAAAUCGCUGAGGGUACCCUGUGAAGUGAUGAAGUCUGAGGAGUCAGUAGAGGCACUGUCUCAUUUGCAGCACCUCCGUGUGCUUUGCCUGGGAGAGCAAGAUUCCAGCAUUGAAACCCCUCUCGUGCUGCGACCAUUGGCUUAUAGCUGCCCAGAGCUAGAGGAAAUUGACUUCAUGCAUACCUACAUCAAUGUGGAAGACCUGAAGUUCUUCCUGUAUGCCAAGAAGAACACCCUCAAGACCAUAGGCAUAAGGUGGACAUUAUCCGGUAAUAGGUGCGUCCUCCCAGUGCUUGCAUCCUAUGCUGUCAGCUUGGAAUGUUUGAGGGUUUACAAGUUCGUUGUCUCGACCGUACCAGCAACAGAGGUGGAGAAUUUUACAGCUCUGCUGAGGAUGAAGAACUUGCAGGAACUGACAAUGACAGCCAUAGAGCCAUUUCCUGGCACAGUUGUUCUGGCAUUUAGGGACAGAGGGCUGCAGAAACUGAAAGUGCUGGAUCUACGAAGUUCAAAAAAUCUGUAUAAUGAAUCAGUGAUUGGCUUCUAUCGUGCAUGCCCUGUUUUACGGGAACUCAAUCUGAGUUUUGUCAGUAUGCUGUCUGAUGAUGCCUUCUGUGAGAUCUACCAUCUGGAACAUCUUCAAAAGCUGGAUGUGUCAUAUUGCAGACGUCUCGGCGGAGAGCUGAUCCCUCGCCUCACAUCGCUACCACAUCUUCAUACAUUAGUGAUGAAAGGGUUGGACCUUUCACAGCUGCAACCAGGUCUGGGCAGUAUUGUGGAGUUGUCCAAUUUGCGCUGUCUGACACUCAAUGAUUCCAUUAUUGCUGGAGUACCAUUUGAUAAGUUUCCACGUAAGCUUGUCAGACUCAGGGAACUGAAUGUCAGAUGGUGCCAGGGUGUCCCUAGAGCCUGGAAAAAGCUUACUGAGCAGAUGCCACAACUCAAAAUUGACACAACUUGCAGCAGAACAGAAUGUUGUUCCUGGCAGUUCAGGGAGUGCCCAUGACUGGCAGUAGUGGUGAUUGGGAAAGUGAAACGUAAGUUAGAGGGAAAGAGAUACACAGGGUGUGAUCAAGAAAUAGGACUGAUUUUCUGUAUACCAGACAAACCGAUGGAGGGGUGGCCAACUGGCUGGGUGUGGUGCAGGGGUAGGGGGGUGGCCCUUGGAGGGUGAGCACACUCUCUCACAUGAACUGCUGUGUAGUGUUGCCACAACCAGUGUGCAGACUUCAACAGAACUUCUGAACUGUGGUGUUUCCAGUAUUGCCUGGAGAUGAAACACAAGAGUUCAGAAUGGCAUGCUAACUUGCUUCUUCAUCCAAAGAAGGCCUGGAUGAGCAAGUCCAAGGUGAAAACUGUGCUUCUGGUCUUCAUUGAUCAUUGUAGCAGCAUCAACAAGGAUGUUUGUACUCCCUGGACAAACUGUGAAUGCACAUUUUUACACUAAAGUGCUAGAGGUUUCAAAAAUGAGUCAAUGGUGCAACUGGACAUUGCCCAUUGCUGGAGGCACCACCAUGACAAUAUGCCGUGCCACACCACGCUGUUGGUGCAGGAGUGGCUGGCUCAGCAAGGUGUUUGCCACAUUUCCUCACCUAUCUACACACCUGACGUGGUACUACCGGACUUCUUUCUCUUUCCUCGCCUGAAACAAGACACAAAGGGGCAGCAUUUUGAUUCCACCGAAGACGUCAAAGUGCUGUUAACAUGUUAAAAGUUUGCAAACUCUGUGACUGUGAAAGUUUAUCAUAAAGACUCUACUACUAUUAGACAUUAUGUUUUAUUUUACAAAUGAUUGACUGGAACAAUGAAAUUUAUGACAACAGAUGAAAGAAGUUUUGUACCAGAGACUGAUGUAUUGAAAUAACAUAAUCAAUUUCAAUUAAAAUCUGCUCGAUAUGCAAAUGUGUGUUCUUUCAAUUGCUAUUUGCAUAACUUCACAUCAUAUUAGCUGUUUAUCAGUCUUUUGUUGAUUAUUUUGAGUGUAUAACUGUUUGCAUUUCAUUAUCCUAUGUUACAUAGUACGAAGCACUGGCUAUUGUUGUAAUAUAUAUUGUUUUUUCAGUGAAUACCAAUGUAUGUCAGUGGUCCAGUUAACCACACUGAAUGGCUCAGUGAAGUGGACCACUUGCAACUAUGUUACACUUUGGUCUCUGUUUUUUAAAAUAUUUUCGUUGGGCCCUUAUUUUUAAAACAUUCAGUAAAUAUCGAAAAAAAUGGUGUUCUAAAUGUUUAUUUGUUGUGUAAAAUAUAGAUACAUAAAAUUAAAAUGUAAAAAGUGAUCCACUUAACCUAA